AUGUCCAACUACGAUAACAUCAAAUUCAUCCGCAUCACGUUCCCUGCGGAAAAUGUCGCACAUGUGGAGCUCAAUCGCCCGGAGAAAUUGAAUGCCUUUACGACCGAAAUGUUCGCCAACCUCGGCCUCGCUUUCGACCGUCUGUCCAAAGACUCCGCCGUGCGAUGUAUCGUCCUCUCUGGAGCAGGCGAUCGGGCGUUUACUUCCGGCCUAGACGUGACGGCAUCCAGCGGCGGGCCGGUUUUCUCAAAGGACUCUGACGACGACGUCGCGCGCCGAGCCCGGAACAUUCGUCACCAUAUCGAUGAGUUGCAGUAUAGCAUCAGCGCGCUGGAACGCUGCGAAAAGCCCGUCAUCGCUCUUUGCCAUGGCAUCUCAUUCGGCGCCGCCGUCGAUAUCGCCGUCGCAUCCGACAUCCGCUAUUGCGUAGCCGACUCACGCUUCAGCAUCAAAGAAGUCGACAUCGGGCUUGCCGCCGACCUCGGAACGCUGACACGACUUCCCAAAAUCGGGGUAUCCUAUAGCUGGGCGAAAGAAGCCGCGUACAGCGCCCGGAUAUUCUCCGGCGAGGAGGCCGGACGGGUCGGGUUCGCGAGUCGGGUUUUCAAGUCCAAGGGGGAGAUGGUGGAGGCGGCAUUGGAGACGGCGAAAGUCAUCGCGGCGAAAAGUCCCGUGGCGGUGCAGGGCACCAAGGCCCUGCUGGAUUUCUCCAGGGAUCGCUCGGUCGAGGAUGGAUUGAGGUACACGGCGGUGUGGAAUGCGGCGAUGUUGCAGACGGAGGAUGUGGGCAAAGCGAUGAUGAGUGGGCUAAGGAAGACAAAGCCUACUUUUGAGAAACUUUAA